AAAUAGUAUUUAACAAAAGUGCGGAUUAACAAACGUGAUUUACUCAUUGUCGGGUGUUUCUAUAGAUUGAACUGAUCAUUUUACAAUCAACUUGGAUUCCCAAAAAGUGACAUUUCAUAAAGUUACACAUAUUUCGGACAGAUAAUUUUUCCUUCGUCUCUGCAUGUGCAAUAUAAGCAUGUUAAGGUACGUAGUAUAUGUGUUGAUGAUGUACUAUCUGGUGACAUCUACCGAUGGGUAUAGUAUAGGAGCACCAAUGGGAGCCUGUGAUACCAUGACCCCAUCGCAUGGUGCUGUUGCUCAAACAUCCCCAUCUUCAUACACCAUAACACCUUCUUCAAGCACAUUUGACUGCGGAGAAAGCAUCAGUAUUACUCUUAGCGGAGGUACAUUUAAGGGAUUCCUUUGCCAAGCUCGACUUGAUGUUAACGGUUCCUCUACUGUUGGUACAUUGGAAGAAUCAGAUGGAUCGUCCUCAACAACUAAUAAAUGUGCAGGGAAGGCCUCAAUUACGCAAAACAGUGGCACUGAUAAGACUACUCUUCAGUUCACUUGGACACACAGCGGAGAAUCAACAGAGGACAUUUAUAUUGUAUGCACAGUUGUUCAGACUCAAAUAGUUUUCUGGGAGAAUGUGGCUUCAACGGCUUUGACUUACUCCGGGUCAUUAACAAAGUGUAACAGUUCAGGCUCCGGUGGAAUAAUUUCAUCUGUAGUUCUGAUGUGUAUUUGUAUUGCAUUUGGUGCCUUUAAAACAUUUAUAUGAAGAAAUAAACAGACUCGGCACUCAUCAAGACAAUAUUUCCUAUAUUUCUAUUUUACAGUUAAAAGAAGAUACUACGUGUAUGUUAUGCUCUCUGAAUAAGAUGGUUUAAUUUCGUCCAGUUUAAUUGAUACAAAUUAUAAUAUACUAUAUUACGAUACUAUUUCAUUUUAAUUCUUAAAGGCAUUGGUGUACUAACCUGAUUUAUAGUGUGCUAGGAUUGCCUUUGUAGUAAGUAAUACACGUUUGUUUUCAUGUUUUGUGGUAUAAUCCUGAAUUAAAGAAAAAAGCUUGUAAGAUUGUUAAGAAAAAAAAAUCAUGAUAUAUAUUUUCCGGCUUUUUUAUCCACACUUUGAGAACUUAGGAUACAAGAAAUAAAAAAGCUACACUCCUAGAAUAAAUAUUCAAAUAAUAUGGUUUUUAUUCUUACCUGGAAAACAUGACAAGUGUUACUGACAAGUAAUUACAAUGUAAACAAAUAUGUAUAGUUUAGUAACAUAAACAUUUUUAAAAUACACACUAUAAUUAUGUAAUGUUGACUUAUUCAUCCGGUUUCCGUUCAACCUCUGUCACCUUGCGGAUGUAGCCGUCCCAUCUCAUGCGGAUGUUAUUGUACCACAUGGUGUACGUGUUUGAUUUAUUUAUUAGUUGUUAGAAAUUUCAAUCGUCAAUUUUUAAAUAGUAUUCCUCUCUUUCUUGUACAAUUUCAUGUUUAUUAUGUAAAAUAAUAUAUCCCAACACGGACUUUAAUUCAUGAUAAUAUGACUACAAUUAUGUAGUCUUUUGUUCAUAAUGAUAAACAUAAAAAUUUAAAACUA